ACAUGAGCACACAUUCCGCGCCAGUAUCGCAACAUUUCAGAGUAGCUUUGCUAAAUGAACUAAACAUGUUUAUCAAAAUACUUAAACAGCUUAAGAGAAUUAAUAAAGAAUAGCUUCUCACUUUGAUUUGAUUAUUUUCAGAUUUAAACAAUCAAUGCUCAUUGCAGGGUUUGAACGAUUGUUAGCGUGAUAUACCUAGACUUAAUGUGUAUUUGUUUUGUUUUUAGCAGUAACACACUCUAACGCAGACCUUUAAAUCAACAACCGUCCUUUUAGCGAAAGUAGGUCAAUAUAAUUCUCGGUCAUCUUAUUUUCUUAUAAGACGGUAUGCCAGUGCACUCGAGAGAAAAGAAAGAAAGCAAUCAUGAAGAAAUGGAGGUGGAUUUUGCAGAGCAAGAAGGGAGCAGUUCAGAAGAUGAGGAAACAGAAAGCUCAUCUGUAUCUGAGGAUGGAGAAAGUUCAGAAAUGGAUGACGAAGACUGUGAAAGGAGAAGACUGGAGUGCAUUGACGAAAUGACCAAUCUGGAAAAACAGUUCAUUGACCUCAAGGACCAGUUAUAUAAAGAGAGACUGAGUCAGGUUGCUGCCAAACUCCAAGAAGUGAUGUCGGGAAAGGCCCCCGAGUACCUGGAGCCUCUUGCUACUCUUCAGGAGAAUAUGCAAAUUAGAACAAAAGUUGCAGGUAUCUACAGAGAGUUGUGCCUGGACUCCGUGAAGAAUAAAUAUGACUGUGAAACUCAAGCAGCUUUCCAGCACUGGGAGAGUGAGAAGCUGUUAUUAUUUGAUACAGUUCAAAGUGAAUUAGAGGAGAAGAUCAGACGUUUGGAGGAAGACCGUCAUAGUAUAGAUAUUACCUCAGAGCUCUGGAAUGAUGAGUUACAUUCAAGGAAAAACAAGAAGAAAGAUCCCUUCAGUCCAGACAAAAAGAAAAAGCCUGUGGUUGUGUCGGGCCCAUAUAUUGUUUACAUGCUGCAAGACCUCGAUAUACUGGAGGACUGGACUGCUAUCAGAAAGGCCAUGGCAACAUUAGGACCUCACAGAAUAAAGACUGAUGUCUCCUCUUCAAAGAGUGACAAACAUCAGCACAGUGCCCGCUCAGAGGAUGGACGCUUGUUUUACGAUGGGGAAUGGUACAGCCGUGGGCAAGCCAUAUGUAUUGACAAGAAAGACGAUUAUCCUACAAGUGCUAUAAUAACUACAGUCAAUCACGAUGAAGUGUGGUUCAAACGAGUCGAUGGGAGCAAGUCAAAACUCUACAUCACACAGCUUCAGAAAGGCAAAUACACCAUAAAACAUGGCUGAUCUACUUGAGAUCUUCUUAGUGUGCCAUUCGGAAAUGUCUAAAGGGAUAGUAUACCCAAAAAUGAAAAUUCAUCAUCAUGUUGUUCCAAAUUCAUAUGACUUUCUUUCUUCCGUGGAACACAAAAGCAAGAUGUUUGGCAGAAUGUUAGCAUCAUCUUUUUUCCGUAAAAUGAAAAUGAAUGAUGAUUGAGGCUAACAUUCAUUCAUCUUAAGUGAACUAUCCCUUUGAUAGUGCCACUUUGUGUACAGUAUAUAAUGUUUUAAUACCUUUUUUGAUGUUUAAAAACAGAUAUGUUGGUGUAUUGUCUGUCUGUAUGUGAGGACAACGUGUGAGUUGAUACUCCUUUACUGUAUUUUCAAUGCAGUGCUGUUUGUAUUAUUAUUACUAUGAACAAGGUCAAAAUGUAAUAUAAUUACAGGCUUGUUUACUGCCAUGAGGUGUGGUACUUAUUUUGACAGUAGGGUUCUCCAUAAAAAUUCUGCUUGUUUUGUUUUUUCUCCCAAUUUGGAAUGCCCAAUUCCCACUACUUAGUAGGUCCUCUUGGUUGCACGGUUACUCACCUCAAUCCGGGUAGCGGAGGACAAGUCUCAUUUGCCUCCGCUUCUGAGACAGUCAAUCCACACAUCUUAUCACGUGGCUCGCUGUGCAUGACACUGCGGAGACUCGGAGCAUGUGGAGGCUCAUGCUACUCUCCGCGAUCCACGCACAACUUGCCACGUGCCCCAUUGAGAGCGAGAACCACUAAUCGCGACCACGAGGAGGGUUACCCCAUGUGACUCUACCCUCCCUAGCAACCGGGCCAAUUUGGUUGCUUAGGAGACCUGGCUGGAGUCACUCAGCACGCCCUGGAUUCGAACUUGCUUAGCUACCCAGGCCCCCAAAAUCAAAUUCUGCUUGUUAAAACAAAGAUGAAUUUUCAGUUAAUUGACUUAAAGGGAUAGUUCACUCAAAAUGAAAAAUCUCUCAUCAUCCCAGAUGUGUAUGACUUAAUUCUGCAAAAACUUUUUUUUUGAAGCUCCAAAAAGCACAUAAAGGCAGCAUAAAAGUAAUCCAUAAGACUCCAGUGCUUUAAUCCAUGUCUUCUGAAGUGAUCCAAUCAGUUUUGGGUGAGAAUAGACCAAAAUAUAACUCCUUUUUCACUGUACAUCUUGUCAUUGCAGUCUCUAGGCACGAUCGUGAUCAAGCUCUUACACUUCCUAGUGCUUAACGCAUGCACAGAGCGCUAGAUGGCGCCAGGAAGUGUAAUCAAGCAUGUAAUCAUGAUCGCCAAAAGAGUGCUGAUGUCAAGAUUUAUAGUGAAAAGGUGUUAUAUUUUGGUCUGUUCUCACCCAAAACUGAUUGGAUUACUUCAGAAGACAUGGAUUAAACCACUGGAGUCUUAUGGAUUACUUUUAUUCUGCCUUUGUGCUUUUUGGAGCUUCAAAAUUUUGGUCACUUCACUUGCUUUGUAUGGACCUACAGAGCUGAGAUAUUCUUCUACAAAUCGUUGUCUGUGAUCUGCAGUAAGAAAGCCAUACACAUCUGUGAUGGUAUGAGGGUGAGUAAAUAAUGAGAAUUUUUAUUUUUGGGUGAACUAUUCCUUUAACUUACUGAAUUCAAAUGGAGUUGAACAAAAUUCUGAUGUGUAUUAUUUUGCAAUACCGUGUCUACCGACCAAAUGUUUUCCUACUUUUUUUUUUACAUGUUUGCC